UGUGUAUGACGUUGCCUUGCUAUGUUCGAGGUGUCCUCAUUCACUGACAUAACGUCAAUUGUGUAAUAUCCUCAUUCAUGUCAGGACGUUUUGUGGUCGAGGAGAAUAGGCCUCGUUAGAGGUCGUCACUAUACCUGAUUGUGCAAAUACAGUUAUUGAAUGGAAACACUCUGUUAACCCACAUUUCACUGCACAGAAAACAUAAACAACCCCAGGAUGAGAAGGACGCUGAAUUCAGUGACGAGCCGGUGCUGGGAACUGAUCAAUCGACGCUAUCACUCAACGUCAGUUAUUGAGGACCUUGUCAUCAGAGGAGUCCGACCCUUCGAAGAAAUCCCAGGCCCCGGGGGAAUCUACAACACUCCAAUCAUUGGACCUGCAUUCCACUUUAAACCAUUCUCAAGUCACACCAUAGAGAAAGUCCACCAUCUGUUCAAUGAGCUGGUUGAUACGCACGGAUCACUGGUACGGAUCAACUUAGGCAAGUGGUGUGUGCUGGUUGAAGAUGCUGCUGAUAUAGAAACUGUGAUGAAGAACGAAGGAAAGUGCCCAAGGAGAGAUGGUCAUCUGAUCCACGAACUGUACUGCGAAAAUUCUGGACUCCGGAAAGGACUCAUUCUCCUCCAAGGUAAGGAAUGGCAGAACUUCCGGAGUCCUGUGAAUGCGCAGAUGAUGCGGGCCCGAUCAGCUCAACAUUUCCUGUCUGCCCAAAACGAGGUUGCAGACGACCUGGUGACCCGGAUGAAGCAGGACCAGUUUACUCCGCACGGAAUGUCAGAGAUGUUUUUUAAGUACUCUUGUGAAAGCAUCUGCGUGGUCGCCUUCAACAAACGCCUCGGCUAUCUGCAACGUGACGUCGACAUGUACCCGGACAAGCUCCAGUCCCUGAAGGACGUCAGAGACAUGUUCCGCAUUAUGAACGAAUGUCUCUACAUUCACCCGUUCGUGUUGAAAAACUUUCCCCUGAAAGUCAAAGAUGACUACAAAGCCGCGGUGGACAGGCUUGUUAGUCAAGCCCACGACCAUUAUCAUGGCAUGUUGGAGGACAUCAGACAGCGCCAAAGUGCCGGCACCCUCGACUCCCAGGAGAAGAAUCUGAUGCUGUCCCUGCUGAUGUCCAACAAGCUGACAGUAGACGACAUGGGGGCCAUCGCCCUCGACCUGUUCAGCGGGGGAACAGACUCGACUGCCCGGAUGAUACAGAUGCUGCUUUACGUCCUUGCCCGUAAUCCAGACAAGCAAGAGAAGCUGUUCCAGGAGGUGCUUGGCGAACUCGGCCCAUGUGGCACCAUCACGGUCGCCGCCCUCGAGAACAUGAAGUACCUUCCCGCGUGCCUUAAGGAGUCCUUCAGGUUGUACCACCCUGUUCUGACGGGGACCCAGCGGUAUCUGCCUACAGACAUCACUCUCCAGGGGUACAGGAUCCCCGCAGGAACAUCUUUGAUCAUGAUGAACCAGAAAACCGUGAAGAACCGGAAGUACUUCCCUGAUCCGGAAGCGUUCCUCCCUGAGCGGUGGCUGCGUGACACAAGCGGCAAGAGAAUGGCCCCUAUCCCACCAUCCGCCUUACUUCCGUUCGGCUUCGGUCCGCGACAGUGCGUUGGGAAGAGGUUCGCUGAACAGGAAAUCUACCUGGCUGUAUCGAAGAUAAUACAAAACUUUGAAGUUUCCCUCGAACCCGGCCAUGAAGAGAUUGAUGUUCUGUAUGAAAUCUUCAUUGGGACCAAGGAACCAAUUAGAUUUGUCUUCAAGGAAAGGAAAUGAUUGGCUGAAGUUACGAUCUGCUGGGCAGCGAUUGGUUCAGAUUGCAAAUCUGCUUUUAGGUAUGGCUUAAUCUGCGACCAUUUGCAUCAAUUUGCAUAUACAGCCGUGCCACUCAACGUUGUCAUGUCAACAAAAGAAACACAACGUGUGAUGUUAGCCACCGUCGAGCUGGUGGGUCACGCCGGGUAUAUUCUACCACGAGGCAAAUUCUGGAGACUUUAUGUGUAUUUAGAGAAUGUUGCCAUUCAUGAACGUAUCAUGGCAACAGUUUAAAAUCUGAGAGAACGGUAUAUUUAAACUACUGGCAUAUUCACCAAAGAUUGUUGUCACUGUAUUUCCUGACAGUGCGUACAAACAGGUGAUCUAGAAUCUUGCACAAUAAAGUAGUAUCGUUAUUAAAAUAAACAGACAUAAUCUAUUUGAACAAAUAUACUCCGCUCUAUACUACCAGGGCAAAAUAGACAUGUACGUGUAAAUAGGUUUAGGCGUAAGAUACUUACGUUUGUAGGAAGAAAUUAAUUUCAAGGACCGUGUUUGACACCAUACAAAUCGCAAAUGUCAAAGUAACGAGUAAUUUGGCAUGAAAAUUAUCUGACAUUGGAAAUACAUGCACAACGGUCCUGUUUUCUGUUUCACACUUGCAAAGGUUCUAACUUCUGACAUGAUAAACAUAUAAGUGCGACUAUUAUAGGCGCAAAAGAAAAUCGAAGUAUGAAAAGCAGUUUGUUUAGAGUUCAAUUCAUCUACCACCUCCUGAGAUGGUUGUGUGGAAAUAUUAGAAGAAAACGCUCCCUGAUUCAGGUGCUUUGACCCUGAAUCAGCUUUUCGUGUGAUGUUGUUACAGUUAAAAAAUACAUGGAAGUUGUUGAGUUUACCAACGUCUCGUUUUCGCUUAUAUGCACAUAUCAGAUUUCCGAACAAUUUGAAAGGUUGUAAUCUAUUUUUAGAUUAUGCAGAUCAAGUGGGUCAAUAUUUUCCCGUAUUGCACAUGAUCUUUUUGAAUGUCGCUAGUCAUAAAUAAUAUAUAAUUAAUAUCAGCACCGUAUAGCAUUCCUAAAGGUUGUAACACUACUCUUUUUUUGUAGUUAUUUACUCCUUUAAGCGGUUAUAGUUGUCGCUAGUCCUCUACCAACGAAUGGUAAGGAAUGUCGCUACAUCUAUGAAUGUAUUAUAUUACAGACAUGGAGUUAUUCUGUCGCUAAUCUAUUAACAACAGUCCUCCUUGGUUGUCGCUAACCUUGAUGUUCUUGGAGUGUAUUGAUCAUGUUAUUGUGGUAAGUUACUACUGAUAGUAAUCUAUUAACAACAGUCCUCCUUGGUUGUCGCUAACCUUGAUGUUCUUGGAGUGUAUUGAUCAUGUUAUUGUGGUAAGUUACUACUGAUAGUAAUCUAUUAACAACAGUCCUCCUUGGUUGUCGCUAACCUUGAUGUUCUUGGAGUGUAUUGAUCAUGUUAUUGUGGUAAGUUACUACUGAUAGUAAUGUUGUUGUGAUGUUGUCAUCGUUGAUUGAUGUUAAUGCAGAGUGUGAAGGCGAUAAUUUUAUUAAUGGCAUAAUAAUGAAUAUCGUGACGAAUAUGAUGAUGAAGCUAAUGUUCUCUGCUUUAUUGAACGUUCCAUAUAUGCCAUGUCAUAUUUCAUUCUUAUCAGUGUCUGUGGUUCAUCCAGUGUAUUGACCUUAUUGAUGUUUAAACUCAUGUUUAGCUUUAUGGUGUACUAGUAUAUGGAGGACACGUGUACACAUAUACUACUAAACAGAUGGUACUGAUGUUCUGAGAGACGAGGUGGAGAUUGAAUGUGACAAAUUGCUUUAUUGAAACAGUAUUCGAUAUUGCCAUUGGACAGAUACAUGUACAGCUUCGGUUCAAACGAAACUGAACACAACAUCCUAUGGUUCGUAACAAAGGUUAUGUAGUAUAUGUUGGUUAAUCAAAAAGUGUUAUUACUGGACCAACGCGUGUUAUUACUGGAUCAAAAAGUGUUAUUACUGGAUCAUUUUGUUGUUUUUAUGUAUUGUUGGACGGUAUGUGAGAUUUGUACACGCCGUCAAUAGGGCACCGAUACUUGUCAAUUGUCGCUAACUGGUUACAAUGUGUGUGUAAUAAUUGAUCAACAAGAAGAUUCAGUUGUCGCUAACUGGUUACAAUGUGUGUGUAAUAAUUGAUCAACAAGAAGAUUCAGUUGUCGCUAACUGGUUACAAUGUGUGUGUAAUAAUUGAUCAACAAGAAGAUUCAGUUGUCGCUAACUGGUUACAAUGUGUGUGUAAUAAUUGAUCAACAAGAAGAUUCAGUUGUCGCUAACUGGUUACAAUGUGUGUGUAAUAAUUGAUCAACAAGAAGAUUCAGUUGUCGCUAACUGGUUACAAUGUGUGUGUAAUAAUUGAUCUACAAGAAGAUUCAGUUGUCGCUAACUGGUUACAAUGUGUGUGUAAUAAUUGAUUAACAAGAAGAUUCAGUUGUCGCUAACUGGUUACAAUGUGUGUGUAAUAAUUGAUUAACAAGAAGAUUCAGUUGGCGCUAAUCUGUCACUGUUUAGACCAUUGCCUGCAAAUCCCAGUGGGUAUUUCAUGCAAGAUAUAGACUUGUGUUGCCUUUGUUUCCACCAUAUACAAUCCCCGAUCAAUUAGUUUGUUUUAUUAUGGAGUCAACUUCCCAAAAACGAAAGCUCAGCCUCACAACCUGCUUUCCAACACAUUAUAAAGUAGGACUUUCCAAAUAAAAGAAUGUCUUUGAGGAUAUCACGCGA